CAAAUUAGGCCCAUAAGAACUAGCCGUUACAAAGAGCGUCCAGAGCUCAACGUUCCUUUUCUUCCCUUCCCCAUGUAUUCCGCUUCUCUUCAAUGCUUCAACAACAAUUGACUCAUCACAAAGAUCCAACGUAACGCCUCUCUCUCUCUCCUCUCACUCUCUAACCCACUUUCCGGCGACUUACGAUGGAUUUGAGUGGCAAGAAUGCCGGAGCAGUGACACCUGCGAAAAACCCACAACCCAAUGGAUCGAAGAUUUCAGAAAUCUCAAAAGAUUCUGAGAAUUCAAAUCCCAAUCUCACAAGCCCUAGUAUGAAAGUUUCGAAUUCACCAGCAAUUAAAUCUGCUUCAAAGACCCAGAAAUCGGCCUCCAAAAACCCUAACCCAAUCGUUUCACCGCCGCAGUAUCGGAACAAGAUUCGCGAAAGAAAGUUCGUGGUCGCGAAAAGGAACUCCAAGAAAGAGAGAGAAAACUCGUCCAAUGUCUCAUGUAAGUGCAAAGACAAGGCUGGUUAUGCUUCUCACAAGUGCCUCUGUGUUGCUUAUGAGAAUCUCAGGGCUUCUCAGGAAGAGUUCUUCAAGAAUCGGAACAGUAUUAUAGAGCAUCAAUAUGAUUCGGAGCAGUUGAAGAAUAGAGAGAAUGAGGAAGAUAAUAGAUCUGUGAUUGAAACCCUAGAAAUUGAAAAUAGGUAUGAAUUGAAAACAGAGGAAAUUGAAGCGAAUGGUAGUGAUGAUGACCCAGAUGAGAUCGAGCAAUCGGGCGAAAUGGGUAGUUCGAAUAUCAAGAGAAGGAGAGACAAAUUGUUGGAAGAAGCAAGAGAGAGUGUGCCUGAACCUGGGUCUGGAAGAGUGAUGCAUUUGGUCAAGGCCUUUGAGAAGCUUCUUACGAUACCGAAGGAGUCAGAUCAGACAGAUGAGAAACAAUCAGAAGAUGUUGGUGAUGAUGAUGAUGAUAAGAAGGGGAUGAAAUGGGCCUUGCCAGGACUGCAACAACCUAAGGUGCCCGAAACACAGGUCUCUUCUUCUUCGUUCUGUCCAUCGGAUUUUUUCGUGACAUCAGAGAGUUUAGGUUUGGAUUCGCGUGUUUCGUCUUCAUUAGAUAGCAGCCAUGGAAGCUUCACUAUUUCAAACAGGACUUCUGGUGGUGGUCACAGAAGCCGACGAAAUAGUUCUGAAUCAUCUGGGACCUUUGGUGGAAGUCGUUGGAAGAAGCAGCAGCUCAAAGCAACCCACCAAAAACCCUUCAAGCUUCGAACAGAGCAAAGGGGAAGAUACAAGGAGGAAGAAUUCGUCAAGAAAUUACAGCAAAUGAUGAUGGAGGAGGAAAAACAACGGAUACCAAUUGCACAAGGUCUCCCAUGGACAACAGAUGAGCCAGAGUGCUUAGUAAAACCUGCCGUCAAAGAAAUCACAAGGCCGGUUGAUUUGGUGCUGCAUAGCGAUGUGAGGGCUGUGGAGCGUGCUGAAUUUGACCAACAGGUGGCUGAGAAGAUGAGCCUUAUUGAACAGUACAGGGAGGAAAGGGAAAGACAGCAAAAGUUAGCAGAAGAAGAGGAAAUCAGGAGACUACGAAAGGAGCUCAUUCCAAGAGCUCAACCUAUGCCCUAUUUCGACAGGCCUUUCAUCCCGAGAAGGUCGAUGAAGCAUUGCACCAUACCCAGAGAGCCAAAGUUCCAUUUACCACCACAACACAAGAAGAUCAAGUGUGGCAUGUGUUGGGAUGAUAUGUUCACACACCAACAAUGAAAUGCAGAGAAGGAAGACAAAAUUAAAAAAUUUCGUAAUUUUUUUGUUGUCAAUUGCCAAUAAUGUUGAACUUUUUUUUCUUCUUUAUA